AUGCGAGUGGUCGUGUGCAUUUUGUGGCUCGUGUGUGCGGCAUGCCUUGCCCGCGCGUCGGACUAUUACAAUGUACUGGGAGUUGAUAGGCGUGCAUCUGCGCGCGAGAUCAAGUCUGCCUACCGACGCAUUGCACGCGCGAUUCAUCCGGACAAACACCCGGACAAGGCGGCCGAGUUUAUGGAGCUAAGCGAGGCGUACCAGGUCUUGUCCGAUGAAACGCUGCGAAAUGUGUACGAUACGCAAGGUGCGGACGCUGCGAAGCAGUACCAGUCGCAUCAGUCCAACGGUGGCGGCCGUCCACAGAGCGCAUACGAUCUUUUUAGCCAGUUUUUCGGCGGCACAGCACCCGACGAGACGCCCAAAGGGCCGCGUAAGAUUUACGAGGCGGAGUUGAGCAUGCAAGAAAUUUAUAAUGGGCGACAGUUUCCGCUCGUAUUUGACCGCAAUGUCGUGUGCCCACAGUGUAUGGGCUCCGGCGCGGCGUCGUCUGCACACAUCCAUACAUGCACGACGUGUAAUGGCGGCGGCGUCCAGAUUGUGCGCCAGCAAAUCAUGCCAGGAUUUGUCACCAACAUGCAAGUGACGUGCCAGACGUGCGGCGGGGCUGGGAAGAUGAUCCAAAAGGUGUGCGCACGCUGCAAGGGGGAGAAAAUUGUGGUCGACGAAGCCGAGAUCGAGGUGAGCAUCGAUGCAGGCGCGCGCGACGGCGCAGAGUACGUAUUUGAGGGCAUGUCAGACCAGAGCCCAGAUACAGACGCUGGUGACAUUGCCGUGAUUGUUAAAACUGUCAGUAUGCCGGGCGAUUUCCGUCGUAACGGGCACAAUCUUUACUAUACCAUGCCGAUUUCGUUGGAGGAGGCCUUGUUUGGGUUUACUCAUAGGCUCACGCACUACGACGGACAUACCUUCACCGUGCAGCGCACGGGUGUGACACAGCCGGGUCAUGUUGUGCUUAUCAUCGACGAGGGCUUGCCGAUUGCGCCGGACGAUAGAGAGGCCGCGCAGGGCGAGACCCAUGGCGACCUAUUCGUCACACUGAACGUCGUGCUUCCAGAGACGAGAGGAUCGAGACGCAAGGCGCUGCAGGAGGCACUGGUACAGCAUGGGCAAGCACAUACAGAGCUGUAG